CCGGCCGAUGGAUUCAGGACAGUGUACCUUGUCGUUCAUCUCUCUUCCAGGCGACGAGCUCUACCAGAGGGAGAGAGUUGGAUUGAAGGUAAAACGCACCCAGCAUCCAGCAGCGGCAGCGCUACUAGCGGCAGCCAAACGGAAAGAGUGGACUAACCGCUGUGCUACGGAGUACACAGGCACGAGCUCUAUGUGCAGGUCGCCCAUAGCCUUCAUAAUGUUGGUGAAAAUUGUGAAGUUAACUUGGUAGUGUGGUGGUGUGGAGAACGGGUGGAAGCCUACCUGACGGCGUCCAACACGCAGUAAACCGCGCAGCACCAACAGCAACGCAAAACCUGCAUUACAACGGGCUUAAGCUCUAGGUGUUAUCAAUUCAACUACUGUUUUGAAAAUGUUAAUAUUUAUGAGUGACUUGAAUGGAUGAAAAAUGGUGAUUGAAGGAUCGAGUAACAUCACAGGUGUUAUGUACGACGUGUUUUACGGAUUUAAUUCACGUGAAAAUGAGGUUAAGUGAAUAAAUAUUGAAAAUUAAGUUUCACAAUUUAUCGAAUAUUCCUAUUUCCCUCUGAAUUGUUGUUCGUGAAGUGUUGUGAGUGAUUAUUGGUCGGAAAUAUGUUAUUUCAUUGAAUGUGAGGCUGCGUGGUCCAGCGGUGACCGGAGAAAGACAGAACAUUGGCCUCGACAUGCGAGACUGGAUAAAAGACUGAGAGAUCGUCGGAUUUUACCGAUCCAUUCCGUGAAAAAGGCGCUGAGUUAUAAUUAAGAAUUAUCAAAAAUGCCUACCGAUCUUGUGGUGACGUCAGCAUCGGCAACGGAGGAGAGCACAAGGUCCGCUAGAGACUUGUUGACAUCGAGGUCGUCAACAUCAUCGUGUUCGACAAGCAGCACUGGCCUAUCUUCACCGAGGACCUUUGAUCCCUCGAGUCUAGCGGCAUAUCAUCAUCAUCACCAUGGCUUUGUGGCGGGUCUUGGUCAUCCCCAUCAUCGAGAGUCAUCAGCUUUCGUUCCCGUUGUACCAUCGCGCUUGCACCUGGCACCAUAUCCCAGUGAGAUGCACGCACACCUCAGUGCUCCGCCCUCAUCUUCAUCAUCCACAAAUCAGGACCACGAGGGCUCUGAACCAUCCGCGAGAAAAACAACAUCAAGUUACGAGAUCAUGGCUAUGAUGGCAGACAAGCGUAAGGAGUUAGCUGCAGCGAGGGCUCUACUUCUUCCUCCUCCACCAUUGCUAGAGCCACCGCCAGGUUAUCCAGUAUUCACCGGACCCUUUCCGGGCUCCUCCGCAAUGUACCCACCAGGUGGGCCCCUAGCCCAUCAACACCUUGAUAGAAGACUGCUGCGCGCACCCGGAAGAGCAUCACGACCCAAGAAGCAAUUUAUCUGUAAAUUCUGCAACCGGCAAUUCACUAAAUCAUACAAUUUACUCAUCCACGAGAGGACGCACACCGACGAACGACCGUACUCAUGCGACAUCUGCGGAAAGGCAUUCAGACGACAGGACCAUCUCCGGGAUCAUCGAUACAUUCACAGUAAAGAGAAGCCGUUUAAAUGCGGUGAGUGUGGCAAGGGCUUCUGCCAGAGUCGAACUCUAGCAGUACACAAGAUCCUUCACAUGGAGGAGUCACCCCACAAGUGCCCAGUCUGCUCCAGAAGUUUCAAUCAACGCAGCAACCUGAAGACCCACCUACUCACCCACACCGACCAUAAACCCUACGAGUGCACAUCCUGUGGAAAGGUCUUCCGACGGAAUUGUGAUCUCCGAAGGCAUGCGCUAACUCACGCAGUGGGUGAUGUGCCACCGGAAGCGUUGGAAGAGGCGUUACGCGACGACGACAGCCCAGAAGAGGAUUGUCCAGAGCCCGGGCCUUCGACAUCCGGCUCAUCAUCGAUUCCCAGAAAUCCUUCGUCCUCCAGUGGUGGCUAUCCCAGUUCGUCCUCUCAAACCCUUCCUUCCCGACCGCAGUUACAAAUCCGUCGAGAUCUUCUCCAGGUGAAGCCGGAGACUGUCACGAGUAACACGAUCACCGCACCCCAGAAUCCUGCUCCGCCUAUCCUAGCGCCACCCCCGCCACUUCUAACCUCCUACAGACGUCGAUUGGGAUCGCCGGGACCCUCCAGAAUGCUCCUCGAGCUGCAGGAACGGGAGCGCGAGUGCGAGAGGGAGUUGGAGCGACAAAGGGAGCGCGAGUGCGAACGGGAGCUGGAGAGACAGCGCGAGAGGGAGAGGGAGAGGAUCAAGGGAGAGGAAGAGGCUCGACCAUCACGAGUGCAAACACCACAACCACCGCCACCACCACCAAGACCAGCUCCUGCCAGACAGGGCUUCACCAUUGCCGACAUUAUGCGUCGGUAAACAAUGGUGGAGUGAUGGAGAUCGGAAAUUGAGGGGAUAGGAAACUUGCACUCGGUCCAGGCCUGGAAUUCUUGGCUUUUUGGGACACCCCAAAAAUCCAAAUAUAUACCCUAAUAUAGAUUAGGAAAAUUGUGAUGAGUUGAAAUUUACGGUUUUCAAUCUGCUCGAAACGCUAAGGAUUUGAGUCUUCUUUUAAAUAUUUUUAAAUACAUAGACCUCUUGUGGUCUACGUACUACUCUCGAGUAAAAAGUUUCUCGAACAAUUUACACCAGAAAAAGUGUAGAACGUUCAGUGGAAAAAUGCGUAACUGUUCCGUAAUUUUAACCGAAUAUUGUUUUGACUGGUGGCAGAUUAGGGAGCAGACACGUAAUUUAAAAAAAAAAUUUCUCUCCGUAUAGAUAUUUACCGUGUAUUUAUCCAAUAUGAAUUCUCCGAGGCAUAUACUGGAGAAGAAAGGUGCAAGUUCCCUAUUGUACGUGGAGUAGACUCCCCAACGUAAAUUCAGUCCACCAAAUGGACACAUAAUGACGAUUUAGAGAAUAAUGGGAGGAACCGUUGACCAGUCAUCCAUCAUCUUGGCCCCUUCGGAUUCAUCCAUUAUUCGUGAGCGAGACGUGACUCUUUGUGAGAUGCUUUCGUCCAAAAUUGUGGAAUACUUUUUUACGUAAUUGCGCGAGUGAACUUAUUCCCGAUAUUACAAUAAGUUAACAAUCAUUUUGUGGUAUUUUGUGGUUCAUAAAUUGAGAUUGAUAUGUUCAGUGAAAAUUAGUGAGUGGUAACAUUUUGACUUGCCCAACAAGUGCAAUUAUUAAUAACUUUAAUAAACCAGUGAUAUAUUGUAGAGAGGAUUUUUUAAUGCUAUAUUUUUUAAGAGAUUCUUAGUGACAAAGGGCGUGAAUAGCCUGAUACAGCUCAUGAAUGAAAUUAGUGCCAAUUUUUACGGCUUAAUAUUUCUUCCUAAAAUCACGUGUGUUCCGCUUAUUUCCUCAAUUGGAAAACAUUUUCUUGUGGACAAAGAAAAAUAAUAAAUAAACAGGGGCAAACAAGUGGAGUGGAAAGAAAAUGCCAUAAUGGAGGCAAUAAUGAGGAUUGGGAAAGGGCAUCGGUUGGGCUGCCGUAAACAGUGGCAGGUGUAGCUGAGAAAGACUGUAGGGAUCGCAGGUAUAUUUUGUAUAAGGUGGAAUGCUUUUGUUAUCUCCCUCUAUACCUGGAAUAUCUCUCUGAGCCUUUUUUUAAAUUCAUUGUCUAUAAAUCAGCAUAGCAGAAACAUUUUCCACUCAACUGACUUUUUUGGGGAUUUAAAUAAACACAUUUUACGUACAAAACGAUUCACCGAUUGAAUAAAAUGUUUCUUGCUAUCUACACAAUAAAUAGUCUCCACUAAAGAUUUCAAAAUUUAUGCUGCACAUUUCAGAUUUUCUCAUGAGAGUCAUCAGAGAUUACCGAUUGUGAAAAAAAUCAUAACGAAAUGUCCACGAAAUAAGUUCAAAUAUGUCAAGUAAUUUAGGGUAACGACGAUAAUAAAAUCAAAAUAUUUUUGUGAAAAAGAUUGAUGGUGUAUAUAUGUUACAAGUAGAGAUAAGAAAUUAUUUGGGUUGAAGAAUGAAAAAAAAAAUUUCGCUAUUGAAAUCGUAUUACAUAUUUGUGAUAAUUUGAUUCAUGUUUAUCUGUUUCUCUUUUAUUCAUUAUGUUGUCCUUCGAUUGUAAGAGCUAAUAUCGAGGACAAAGAACUGUUGCAAAUUUUAUUAUAUAGUAUUGAAAAUUUAUGUAAAACGCGAACAAAAAUGUAUCGAAAUUAUUUUGCAUGAUUUCCGAUAUAAUUUUCAGUGUUUCGACGAUAAAAAACGUUUUCGUUUUGAUUACUGUUAUGAACUUCCAUGAUAUUGAGUGCCUAAACCUAUCUUUAAGCAUCACUACUUCUACUUAGGAUUACGAGAUUUUGUAAUGUGAAUGAACAAUUACAGAGAAAAAUUUGUAAAUUAUUAUAAGAAACUUGGAAUACGAAAUAAAGUACUAUGAAAUAUCAA